AAACUUGGCCGGAGAUUCAUCUACACUACAUCCGAGAAUGAGGCUCACGCUCCAUUGCAGCAGGUGGAACAAUUCUUCAAACUUUCACAAAUAAGGCUCCGCGCCAAUAAAUGACAAUCCACUCCCACUCGCAGUUUCGACCCACGAAAUACUUCCGUUGCUUUUCUAUUUGUAGUGUAAUCCACGCUCUCAGGAAGACGAGUGAGUCAAGCCUCUACACCCGUGCUAUGAUACUUCCCGGGCACGACUCUAUUGGUGCACCCACACGCUUCGUCCACUCCGUUGCGCCACACGAAGAAUCAACCGCCGUACACCUGUAAGAUAAGGAUAGAGAGAGAAGAGGCGCACACACACAGACACUGUGGGCGAGUUUUAGAGAGAGAAAGUAGAGAGGAGAAAGAGCGAGAUCUGAUCGAGAGGGAAAAAAGGUAGCCAAGAUCGAAACCCUACUAUUCCUGUAAGCCCUAAAACUCUCUGUCUGUGUCCGUGUCUGUGUGCCUAUACGUAUAUACGUGUGCUUAUAUGUGUGUGCUUGUAAGUUUUAUGUGUAUAUAUGCAUGUUUGUCUGCGUUUGAUCAGAGGAGGUUUGUUCGUCUAAGCCCCAGGGAUUUGUGAUUUUUCUUGGGAGCCCUAAAUUCGGUUGUAUGUUUGUUAAAGGGGAAAAUUAGGGUUUCUCUGAUCGGAAUUUAUUAGGGGUUAGCAGAAAGAAACCCUAAUUUGGGCUAGUGGUUGAAAUUGUUGAUUUUUCUUCCUAAGAAAAGAAGUGAAUUUAGGGUUUCGGUGGGUACAUGUAUGGCUUCGGGGCCUAUAGUCGAAGGAGGAGGUGAUGGACCUAGGGAAAAGCAGAGGUAUACGGAGAGCAAGGUUUAUACAAGGAAAGCUUUCAAAGGCCCGAAGAAGAACAACACCAACACCGCUAGUGCUAACACAAACGCAAAUACCAACGCUAAUGCUGCCAUAGCCACCGCCAUAGCCACCACUAACGUCGCCACCGCCAACAGUAAUGAGAAUAACAAGGACAACGGGAAUAACAACAACGAAAAUUCGACUCAGCCACCUGCGCAGACUUUGCCGCCCGAAGAUGGGAAUUCGGCUCAGCAGCGCCUAAAUUCAAGAUUGGACGCAGCUUCAGACGAUUCUUCGAGCCUGAAUAGACAGCAGGUUUCUGUGGCCGCGAGCGCUAGGGACCCGCCCCCAGGAAAUGGUCCGGUGAAGCCCGGUUCGGAGAACCGGGUUAAGAUAACUUUGGCUUCCAAGUCUAAGCAGGAGAUGCGUGAGCUUCGGAGGAAGCUUGAGGGCGAGCUUGAGACUGUGAGGAGUCUGGUCAAGAGGAUAGAAGCGAAACAGGGCCAGGUUGGUGGAUAUAGUCUUUCGCAUGUCUCGCCACGUGAUGGGGUUAAUAAUGGCGGGGGUAAGCGGGUUCACUCAGAGGUGGCUUCUGUUGGUGUUCCGCGUGAGACUACUAGGCCUUUGCAUCAGUUGAGCAUAUCAGUGCUGGAGAAUAGUCAAGGCGUGAGUGAUAAUGUAGAGAAAGAGAAGAGGACACCCAAGGCAAACCAAUUUUAUCGUAACUCAGAGUUUCUACUGGGGAAGGAUAAGUUUCCGCCAGCAGAGAGUAACAAAAAGUCAAAAUUGAAUGGGAAGAAGCAAGGUGGAGGAGAAAUGGGAAAUGGGUUUGGGAUGGGUACCAAGUUUUUCAAGAGCUGUAGCUCAUUGCUUGAGAAAUUGAUGAAGCACAAACAUGGCUGGGUUUUUAAUGAACCUGUAGAUGCGGAGCGGCUAGGUUUGCAUGAUUAUCAUAUCAUUAUCAAGCAUCCAAUGGACUUUGGUACUGUUAAAACGAGGUUGAACAAGAAUUGGUACAAGUCGCCAAAAGAAUUCGCGGAGGAUGUAAGACUUACAUUUCGAAAUGCAAUGACAUAUAAUCCAAAGGGGCAGGAUGUUCAUGUCAUGGCUGAGCAGCUGUCUAAGAUUUUCGAGGAGAGGUGGGCCAUAAUAGAGUCAGAUUAUAAUCGUGAGAUGAGAUUUGGAUUUGAUUAUGGUGUGGGGCUUACCACACCUACGUCAAGAAAGGCUCCACCACUACCACCUCCUCUUGAUAUGAGACGGAUUUUGGAUAGAUCAGAGUCAAUGACGCAUCCUGCUGAUCCCAGACUCAGGCCCAUGAGCAUUACUCCUACUGCAAGGACUCCUGCUUUGAAGAAGCCCAAGGCAAAAGAUCCCCAUAAAAGAGACAUGACUUAUGAGGAAAAGCAAAAGCUUAGCACAAACCUUCAGAGUCUACCUUCUGAGAAGCUAGAUGCCAUUGUACAGAUUAUCAAGAAGAGAAAUUCACAACUUUUUCAGCAUGAUGAUGAAAUUGAAGUGGACAUUGAUAGUGUGGACGUUGAGACACUCUGGGAGCUUGAUAGGUUUGUAACGAACUACAAGAAGAGUUUGAGCAAAAACAAGCGAAAAGCUGAACUCGCUAGGCAAGCCAGACAAGAGGCUGUGCAAAAUGUCCCGGAGAAGAUGCAGCCUCAAGUUGUGCCUGAAGUGCCAAAAGAAAGCAAAACAGCAGAUGACAAAAUUGUUAUGUCUUCAUCACCUGUUCGAGGGGAUAACGAAGGGGAUAAUAGGAGUAGUAGGUCAAGUAGUUCUAGCAGUUCUAGCAGUGAUUCUGGAUCUUCCUCAAGUGACUCAGAUAGUGAUAGUUCAUCAGCCUCGGGAUCUGAUGCAGGGUCACCACGAAGUUGAUUGUUUCCUUGUUAGAUAGCAGAUAUCCAAGAUAGUUGAUUCUCUGUUUGAUUAUCUGAAUUCUGAAGCUUUACAGACUAUGGAUUUGAAUCUGCAUAUGGUGUACAGUAGAAAUGUUGUCAGGGCCUCCAACCUUCUGGCACUGCAAAAAGGGUUCUGUUUAUUGCCGAUGUCGGAGAUAGAGCUUCAUUAUCUUAUGGGAGGCCCAGUUUGUCUUGUUACAGAUUUGUAUAAUAUUGGUAGAAUUUCGGUGACAUUUUAGAUAAAUUUGGUCGGUUUUGGAUAGCACGGUGUACAUUUCUAACUACUGCUGCUCAACUAAGUUUCAAUGACUUGUCUUUGGUUUUUAUGCCUGGCAGAUUCAGGAUUCUUUGGUGGUACACAACGGAGUCUGUAAUUCAAGUUCAUUAAGCCAUAAUUCUCCUCAUGAUCUCUUUUCAAUACAUAGGUUUUAGUAGUUUGAUUUUCGAUUGUAUCACUAUGAUGAAGCUGCGGUUUCUGCUCUUUAAGUUUUCAAUAUUAGAUUUAGCCUAUGCCGUAGUAAAGCAUGUCUGUUGCCUGAUCAACCUGGUUUAGACGUGUAGUUAGUUGCUCGUUUCUUGCUGUUAUGAUAGUUGCUUCGCUUUGCUUAGAAAACAUAAAAAGAGAUGUGGUUCUUGAAAUUAUGUAAAAUUCUAAUGCUCUGAGAUGUUAUGUGCCUGGGAUAAUAAUCAUUCAUGUAUUUCAUAAUCUGACAUGCAUAUGAAAUUAACUAUAGUUUUUCAUUUUUA